CUCCUCUCAGCAGCCCCGCCCCUCGCUCCAUGCACAUGCACGCUGCAUGCACAGCUCAGCUUUCUGCACAGCUUUACCCUGCAAAUAGGGUCGAUUUUCUUUUCUUUCCGAGUUUUACAAUUCAGUCACAUUCAGUUAAAAUCAAAAGCUUGUUUUUUUUUCAUUUUGUUAGUUUGUUUUUUUAUGUGCUUCCCUGUCAUUUAUUUUUAAUUGAAGUGUUGAACAGUUUACAUCUCUCAGCAUGAAGCCAGAAGCCAGUCAAGACUGUUUAAGACAAUCUUCCCAGACUCCUGCAGAUGACUGCUCACAGCUCUGGGAAGAUGUGCAGGCAAGCACAUCCAGCUCGGAGGAUCAACAAAAUGGAGGAAUGAAGGAGCCGCAUGUAAAAGAAGAACCUAAACACUCUCUGUACAGUCUUGCAGACUAUUGCAGAUCCUUCUUCAUCAAAAAGCACAAGACGGUGUCAUCUCCAGGCGUCAUCAUCCCUGAUAUUCCUGACGCAGGUCUGGGAUGGUCCGGGAAGGCUGAAGCACACUUCGGGCCUUACCAGGGAGACUCGACAGACAGAGAGGAAACUAUGACGAAUCCCUUCUCUUGGGUGAGUAAAAUCAACGUAUGCCAGCGGCUUCAAAAAUCAUAUCCCUGCUCACACUGUGGGAAGUGUUUUCCUAUUCUGUCUCUAUUUAAAAUCCACGAACGCGUUCACACGGGAGAGAAACCAUAUCACUGCUCGCUGUGUGGGAAGAGUUUUGCUCAAAAGACAACUCUCAGAAAACACCAUCGCAUUCACACAGGAGAGAAGCCAUAUCACUGCUCACACUGUGGGAAGGGUUUUUCUAGCAGGCGUUAUACUAAAGUACAUGAACGCAUUCACACAGGAGAGAAGCCAUAUCACUGCUCACAGUGUGGGAAGCGUUUUAAUGACCAGCCUGCUCUCACAAAACACCAUCGCAUUCACACAGGAGAGAAGCCAUAUCACUGCUCAGAAUGUGGGAAGAGUUUUGCCCAAAUGAGUAAUUUCAAAAAACACCAGCUCAUUCACACAGGACUGAAGCCAUAUCACUGUUCACAGUGUGGGAAGUGUUUUACUCAGCCAAGUGCUCUCCAAACACACGAGCGCAUUCACACAGGACUGAAGCCAUAUAUCUGUUCACAGUGUGGGAAGUGUUUUACUCGGCAAAGUGCUCUCCAAAUACACGAGCGCAUUCACACAGGACUGAAGCCAUAUUACUGUUCACAGUGUGGGAAGUGUUUUACUCAGCCAAGUGCUCUCCAAACACACGAGCGCAUUCACACAGGACUGAAGCCAUAUAUCUGUUCACAGUGUGGGAAGUGUUUUACUCAAGCAAGUUCUCUCCGAACACACCAGCGUAUUCACACAGCGGGGGAGCUUAGGAAAGACAAAUUCACUAACACAAAGUCAUCAGCUUCUGACAUUUGAAUUUACUCUGGAUCCACUAUGACCCUGACCAGAAUAAGGCAGUUACUAAAGAAUGAAUGCGAAAAAAACUAGAUAUGGUCCCCAUGGACUGUGCUAAGCAGAAAAGUGGUCUAAAUUUCUUUAUUUUUUCUGCUUUGUCUGCUUUACAUUAUGCAAUAAACAGAGCAUAAAAUGACAAAUGUCUCUUCAUUUUUAAGUUCCAGAAUGGUAAGAGUGCAGUGUUGCAGAGCUAGAACAAUACAGCAUAUUAACGUGCAAAUGUAGGUACAACGGACCUCAUUUAUCAAAUAUUUCUAGUAAAGUUGUGUAUAAGCCAAACCAAACAAACAUUUUCCACCUGUUUCCACAAGUUUCAGCAGCACUAAUUUUCUUCAUAGUCACAUGCGUAUCUUGAUCACUCAUAAAGUGUAAAUCCCAUUCCUAACACAGCUCAUUUGCAUGUAGUGACACCAACAAAUAUCCAUAAAAGGUAAAGCGCACAGACAGCUGGGAGCAUGAAAUGAGCAAUGAGGGUAAAUUCUGAAAGACAGAAGUGGAUGUUAUUUUGACUCGAAAUGAAGGAUGAAAUGUAGGAUGAAGGGCAGAAAUGAAAGUUAUUUUGAAUGACUUCUGUGUUAGUAAUAAAAUGGAAUAAUAUAUAAUAAUAAUGAUAAUAAGCGAGCACUAAAUCUUCCAUCAUAUGGCUCUGCGUGGACAGACCGGAUGGACAGACCGUGGACUGCCUGACUUCUACAGGUUUCACUGUAAGGAUGCUAAAGGGUCGAGAUGCUGGAAGACUCAAUUAAUCAGAUCAUAGCAAUUUAAUUAUAAUGAGGGGAACUACUAUUCCUUUCAACAGCACAAUACACACUUAACCAAGAAGUAAAACUUUUUAUAUAAAGAAAAGGAAUUCAGCAAUAAUCUAAACUAAACUGCUGAUCUAAACUAUAAUUAAAGAAAGACUAAAUAAAGAAUGGUGGGACGCAUGUUAGUAAGCUGUACCACGUAUUUGACUUGCUGAGGCCGGGUCCCGAAUGGCUCUCAAUGGGAUAUGUAGUGCACUAUGUAUGGUGUAAACGCCAUUAUUUCAUAUCCUAAAUAGUGCGUCUACAUAGGAUGUAGGCUCUAUUUAGGAUUGUACCACUAUUAGCAGAGCUGCUCAGCUAUCAAAUUUCCGUUUAACUUACCUUAUACUUUAAGUGGCCGUAGUUUAAAAACUCAAAUGCAGAUCCAAUUGUUUAAACAUGACUGAAUCUAAUUGUUGUGAAUCUCUGUCAGAAAUAUGAUCAUAUUUAGAUUAAUUAGCGUUGUCAGGGAAGGUAAUGUUUCUGAGGUAAUGAAUUCCCGCCAUGUUGCGGUGAAGAACUGCCACGAGCUCUUUGCUGCAGAUUAGCUUGGUUCUGUUUGAGGGUUUUAAUCAAAGGAAACUAGUCUGACAAAGUGAGAAAUAAUACACCUUAGCUAGCUAACUUGGUAAUUUCCAAAACAUAAUGUUGUUUGUGUAAUUUACUAUUAAAUGGUAAAGAAAUUAUCUUGAAAUAUCAGCUAAUCCUGGCAACAGUUUCUACUUCUCAUUGUUAGCUUAAUGAAAGUUUACCUAGCUAGCUUGGUUAGCCAGUACAUAAAAUUUUUAUACUUUAUACUAUACAGGCAAAUUAAAAUUAAUAAGUGUAAGACCUGCAAAUUCUUCCCUUCCCAGUAUUUAAAAUCAAAAUUCAAGAUUAUACUGAAGCAAAUUCACUUUGGCACCUUUGUUGUGAGUUUAUCUUACACUGUAAAUGUCUUGACAGCAUCCCAGUAUAUUUCUGUAUUUUAAAGUUUUCACACUGAAGAGCAGGCGUAAAAUACGAACAUUUAGUUCUGGUUCAGAUGGAUUUAAAACUAAGCAACACUACCAGGUUGAAGUGACACAAAUAAAAUAUUUUUACUUAAUGUGACAAAUCUUACUCUUAUUUUCAGGACUGUGGAAAGAAAAAUCAUACACUAUAUGGCCAAAUGUUUGUGGACAUCUGAUUAUCACACCCAUAUGUGGACUUUCCAGAAACUGUUGCCACAAUGGUGGAAGAACACAAUUGUAUAGAAUGUCUCUGUGUGCUGUAGCUUUAUAAUUUCCCUUCACUGGAACUAAGGGGUCUAGUCCAAACCUGUUAAACAUGACAAUGCCCCUGUGCACAAAGCGAGCUCCAUGAAGACAUGGUGUGUGAAGGUUGGAGUGGAAGAACUCGAGUGUCAUGCACAGAGCCCUGACCUCAACCCCACUGAACAC